AUGAAAAUUCCAUUAGCACUUCGACUGCAUUUGAAGCUAGAACUUCCAACGACAGCUACAUUUAAUCAUCAUUACAGAUUAUUCAAAGAGAAACAAAGAAAAGAUAAAAGGGAAGAAGAAAUUAACAACUCUUUUUUCAAUUUAUCUUUGAAGACCUUCGAAAAACCUCAGCAUGUGGAAUGGUGGAGAGAAAUUCUCAAAUAA